GUCAGCAAAUAGGAAUUGAUCGAGUCCAGUUGCCAGUUUUUGCCGCAAUCCACUUUUAAACGCUCGAUCCACAACGAACGGCCGAAACAGAAAAGGACGCUUCCUGGCUGGCGGCUGCCUCCCCGGGUCGAUGAGCAGAGAGUGAACACAUCAUCGUACCACGCGAACGGAGGCGGACGGAUGGAAGCCCUUGCUUUCAGUAGGAACACUCCGAUCGCAUCUUGUAGAUUUCCCACUCGGAAAAGGAGGGACAGGGAGCCCUCCUCCUCCCUCCUCCCGGUGGAUCGUCGGCAUCUUCACAACCGGCUCCCUCCCUCGCUGUCCCGCAAUAAAAGCCCUAUUCGCUACUCCGUCUCCAGGUUAGGCCUCAUCCGCCCCCGUAGCUUUCGCGCGCACGUCCUUGCCGACGGUAACCGCGACUUCCACGACCAUGAGAAUGGCCACGAGCACCACCACCAUCACCACCACCACCACCACCACCACCACCACCACCACCACAACAACAACCACGGGCAUGGAGAAGAUGCGGUUGCAAAUAAAGCUCAGGAUGCUAUUCUCCGCUUUGCGCAAGCGGUAGGCUGGGCCGGCCUUGCGGAUUUCCUCCGGGAGAACCUACAUCUUUGCUGCUCUUCUAUGGCGUUGCUUCUCCUCGCUUCUGCCUGCCCCUACGUCCUUCCUGGCGGGGCGAUCAAGCGGUGGCAGAAUGUGCUUAUUGCAAUUGCCUUUCCUCUUGUUGGGGUAAUUCCGUACCUGCUAUAUCGUACCAUUUUUUUUUUUUUGUAAAU